AUGCUAUAUCUCAAGCCAUACAACUUGUUGAUUCAGAAGACCUUGACAGAGGCAUUGGAUGCCUACAGAAGUGGAUCUCCAUUAACUCUAGACAGAAUUGUUUCUGAUUUCGACUACACCACUUUACACAUUUGCAAUAACGCUGGCGAUAAAGAGAACUUACUAGUGUCAAUUAGAACCAAGGCAACUCAAUCAAGCAAUGAAAGUGGGGGCGAACUAUUCGGGUUUCUACGUACCAAGUUCGAAAAGUUUCCAGGUUUGAGCCUUAGCUCCGAUCAAAAAGAGGCAGGCUACGACUUUACUCUUGUAGUGAAUCUAGCUACAAUUACCGCAGAAUCUAUUGUCCAAGUAUCGCUCUUCAAGAUUCUUGUCAUGGCUUACCCAUUCUACUUGGCGUUUGGCCAGAGCGCUGAGCUUUCCCAGUUGAAUGAAUUUGAACAAGUGGAAAAAUCCAAAGAGGCCAAGGCUAUGGUCAUCAAGUACAGGGACGAUGAAAACAUCUAUAUAAAGCCUUCUUUUGACCGUAUCACUGUUAUAUUCGAGACUAUUUUCCAAGAUGAAACGGAUAAAGUGUUUGGGAAAGUGUUUUUGCAAGAAUUCGUCGAUGCAAGAAAGAGAAACAGAUCCAUCCAGUCUGCUCCACAAGUGUUGUUCUCUCACGAACCACCGCUAGAAAUCCAAGGCGUUGUGCGCCAUGAGCCAGCCGCAGCAGGCAAGAAGAAGUCAAGCAGGAGAUUUAUCACUUUUGUCUUGUUCCCACGUCACUAUGCAUCCGAGGAAUUGAUGUUUUCGUCCGUGUCGCAACUAGCCCUAUUUAGAAACUACUUCCACUACCAUAUCAAGUGUGCCAAGGCCUACAUGCACUCUAGAAUGAGAUACCGUGUGGAUACGUUUAUAAAGGUGUUGAACAGGGCCAAGCUCGACGACGAAAACGAGAAUGAUUCCCGUAGAACGAUAACCGGUAGAAAAAUGGUGUACUAA